AUGGAUUUCAAGAUAGCCAAUUUGAUAUUUCAAGAACGAGAAUUAACCAAUUGUUUAAGAGAGCUUGCUGAGCUGGAAACCAAACGAAAACGACAAAUAUAUCGUGUGGUUAACUACCUGAUUGUUUUAAAAAAUGCGGAUCUAGGCAACGGUAACUCGUUGAAGAAUGUGAGUACUCACAAGGAAGAUCACCUGAAAGUUCUAGAUGAGCUUCGGGAAACGAAGGGGCAACUGAGUCACCUUCAAUUUCUGUUGGACAACGCUAAUUUGGAAAAGAAGAAUCUAGAGAAAACUUACACUGUUCGAAAGGCAAUACUUGAAUCGAAGGUUGAGAUGGGGCUUAAAACGAUCAAGCGAUUGAAAGAAAGAAGGGAUUCAGCACAACCUAAAACGAACAAUCCAUUUGCGCAGAAUUCCUCUACACCCUUUGCAACUACUCCUGUGCUGAACAAGAUCACCAUAUUCAAGACGGCAGCAGAAGUGAAUGGACGUAAAAUCAAAUCUCCUGCAAAGCAUACCCCUUUACCAAAGAAAUCUGGCAGCAAAAUACCGCUAUUGGCUCCAGGAAAACAAAAUGCAUCUCCUUCAAAAGCCAUAAGGAGUCCCCGGCCCCAAAAUGGAUCAAGAAUUGGGAGAACACUUCUGGCAACGUCAACACCUGAUGCGACAAAUACCAAACUUUAUGGCUUGAAUCAAACUAGUCCUUUGCGAAGUUUAUUGCUUCAGAACAAGGAUAAACAAAACAAUGAAAUUACCAGAACGUCUAUUUUUGAUGAUGACGAUGACGACAAUGAGGAUGAGAUUUCUGACCAUUCUUUCGAAAGGAAAGUUCCUACUCAAAGUGCGAUGGGUAACAACAUUCUUACAGACAAGUCAAACCGCAAGAAGAGAAAACUUUUCAGUACACGCAACGGGUUAAAGCGUUUUCUAGCAGAUCAUGAUAGAGUAGACGAUGACGGCGAUCAUUUAGAUAACUCUGGCCCAGCGUCACCUAUUUUGAAGAAGCUCAAAGAGAAGCAGAUCAUAAGUCCUUUGAAAAAAAAAAAUCAAGCUGCUAGAGUUAAUAUAUUUGGCAACUAA